AUGUCCCACCUGUUGUCUGGCUACGGAUCCUCAGAUGAUGAUGAGACAUCUAUUACGGCUGGACCAUCCUCGGUUCCUGCUCCUGGCGGAAGUUUCGCUCAACCCGAAGUAGAUGAAGAAGAGGAUGAUGAGAAGCUUGAAGAGGAGGCAAGAAAAGAUGCUUUCGGUCUGUCAACAGCAAAUAAUGGACCUUCUGGAUCCGUCUCAAAGAACGGUGCCAAAGCAGCAGUCCAAGCAGCUCCAGAGGUGCUGAAAGAGGAUCCCAAUAGUGCGAGCUCAGCUAUCAUCACCAGACCAACGGAUAAAGUGGUCAACGUGAAUCUAACAUAUGAAGACAUGAUGAGACCCGUUGCCGGUCCUGCGGAUCCCUUUAAUCAGCGUAAAAAUAAAGGGAUGAAUACAUUAUCAGGUCAUGUGGAGGAGCAGUCGAUGGAUAAUCAUUCAUUCAUGAUGGCUCAACGUACAUUCGAUGUUCAUGGUUACGCUCUCAACCCCUCCAUACAGUCAGGAGAAGCUCGACCUAUCGUUGGAUCCCUAAACAACGCACAUCAAAAUGGCUAUCAAUCGAUUGAGACGAUCAGACCAUCUAAAUCAGAGAAAAAGGAGACAAAGAGAAAGAGAGGAGGAAAGGGAGAUGCUGGUGUGGUAGAUGGGGAAGGAGCAUAUGUAGGACCUUGGGCAGAUUGGGCUGGGGAUAAAGAUGUGGAUCCAGUCAUUGAGGAAGAAGCGGAAGAGUGGAGAGAAGAAAAGAGAAGACGUGAAGAAGCUCAACAAGUCGCAAAGGAAAAGAUGAAGGUUGCAAGAGACGAAAAGAGUAUCUUCCAUGGCAAGGAAUUGCACGAUUACGCUGGAAGAACGUAUAUGCAUAUCCCCACAGAUACGGACGUCAAGCUCAAUCCCUCAGCCGGAGCAGCUCCUCCAAAUGCUUACUUGCCGGAAAGAUGUAUACAUACAUGGACCGGUCACAACAAAGCUGUUUCUGCAAUACGGUUGUUUCCUAAAAGUGGUCAUCUAUUAUUGAGUGGAAGUAUGGACACUAAAGUGAAGCUUUGGGAUGUAUAUCACGAAGGGAAUUGUUUACGUACUUUCCUGGGUCAUUCUCAAGCUGUCAAAGAUGUUGCCUUCAACAACAGCGGUUCUCAAUUCCUCUCAGCAUCAUACGACAGGCAUAUCAAGUUGUGGGACACAGAAACUGGUAAAUGUAUCCAAGCCUUCUCAAAUGGUAAAGUACCGAACGUAGUGAAGUUUAACCCGGACUACGACAAACAACACGUUUUCUUGGCUGGUAUGCAGGAUAAGAAGAUCAUCCAGUAUGACUUGCGACAAAGAGAGAUUGUGCAGACGUACGACCAACAUUUGGGACCUGUAAAUACUAUUACUUUCGUGGAUGAGAAUCGUCGAUUCGUCACUACCUCCGAUGACAAGUCUAUCCGUGGAUGGGAUUAUGAUAUUCCAGUCGUCAUCAAAUAUAUCGCUGAACCGUAUAUGCAUUCUAUGCCAGCGGUAACGCUACAUCCAACCAACAAAUACUUUGCUUGUCAAUCUAUGGACAAUCAAAUAUUGGUAUAUUCGGCCGACGGAUCAUUCCGACAAAACAAGAAGAAACGUUUCGCUGGUCAUACUGUUGCAGGUUACGCUUGCGCAAUCGGUUUUUCACCGGAUGGUAAAUACAUCUCCUCUGGUACUGGAAAUGGUGAUGUUGUGUUCUGGGAUUGGAAGAACGGUAAGAUCGCCAAGCGAUUAAGGGCACACAAGGAAGUCGUCAUUGAUCAUGUUUGGUUACCGAAUGAGCAUUCUAAACUUGUUACUGCUUCUUGGGACGGUCUGAUCAAAUUGUGGUCGUAG